CAUAUACGCUGCUUUCUUAAAUCAAAGCGAGAAAAUGGACAACUUCGCAAAAUUGCCUGAGGAAUGCAUCUCUGAAAUUCUUUCCUUCACUUCGCCGGCGGAUGUAUCGACUUUUUCUAUCAUCACUAAACGCUUCAAAUCAGCAUCAGACUCCGAUAUUGCUUGGAGCAAAUUUGUGCCGUCGGAUAUUGACGACAUCAUUUCCAAAUCAUCCAUUCCACUGCAAUUUGAGUUACCGCCCACCAAGAAGCUUCUAUUUCUUAGUCUCUGCGAUAAUCCUAUUGUCCUUGAUGCAGGCAAAAAGAUGUUUUAUCUGGACAAGUGUACUGGCCAGAAAUGCGUUAUGAUUGCAUCCGCCGACCUUUCUUUCUUUGGCACCAAUAAUAACGUCGAUGUCCGAAACAGCAGACCUGACCCAAAAGACAGGUUUGUUACUUUGCAGGCAAAUAUUUUCACAGAUUUAGAACUCAAUUUUUCAUUUGGAUUUCCAUUUUGAUCUUUAUCCCAUAAAUAUAUCACAAAAAAGUAUUUUUAUGUGUAAAAAUAUUACAGAUAAAAAUUAGUGGUUGAAUAUGAUAGGGAGAAGAUAAAAGAUACGAUUAAAUUUUUAGUAUUUUGAUGGAUAAAUAAAAAAGAAUUUACGAAGAGCAAGAUAAAGAAAAAGAAACCAUGUAUAUUUUGGCCAUCUGAUAACACAUGUAUAUUUUGUAGGUUUAAGGAGGUAACACAACUGGAAUUAUACAAAGGUGUGUUAGACAUUUGUUUCAAAAUGCCAAAUAAAAUGUUGUUAUCCAAGGAAACACAUUACUCGUGUUAUUUGAUGUAUAGAAUGGAAGAUACGUGCGACGACUGGGUUGACGAUUCAAGUGAUUAUAGCAUCACGAGCAGUAGUGAUCCCUUUGAGAAUAUCACUAUGAUUGGAAAUUCUGAGAGAACUAGAGAAGACGGGUGGGAGGAGAUAGCAAUCAAAUCCUUUUUUUAUAGCGGAGCAGGUGAUGAGGAUGUGGAAUUGCGAUCGACUGUUGGCAAUGAUUCGGAUGAUGUAGUUGUAUUCGUCCAAGGUGUUGAGAUUCGGCCUCGGGAUGCCGUUAGAUAUGAUCAUGAUUAAGCUCGUUUUACUAUAUAUAUUUAAUAUUUAUCGAAUUUGUUUUUUUGCGAAUUAUGAAACGUUUGAUGUAGUUCCUUAAUAUUUGAAUUUUGUUUACUAAAACUAGUUUUAUUAUCAAAAAAAAGUCUUUCG